AUGAAGUGGGACAAUGCCGCUCACGAAGCGCUUUUGGUGGCUAUUUGCAAUACCAUGAGAGUUGGGAGCGUGGAAAUGAAAGAAAUUGUCGCCGCCAUGAAUGAAAAACACUUUCCUGUAACCGUCCGAGGUGUCUCCCAGCACAUUCUGAAAUUGAAGAAGAAUCGCGACGCAGAAUUCAGUACAACGGCAACUGAUACAAAGGUCGCGAAGUCAAAACCAAAAGACAAGGCCAGCGGCCAGAAGCGCGCCGCGUCUAAGAAGAGGGGAAACAGUUACGACGAUGCGGAUCUGGACGAUGAAGAAAUUCAAUUCAAGAAAGAAUUGCAAUCAAACACCGAUCCUGCCGAAUACGACGAAAAGAAGUCGAACAAACGAGCUAAAUUGGAAUCGGAUGUUGACACUGAGGUUUGA